AUGAAAAACAAAGAUUUUGGCUUUGUGGAAAGAUCAAAACUUGAUGAAAUUGCAAUAAAACUUGCACAGGAUUCAAUAAAUUCGGGAGUUAAUGGCAGUUCCAAUAGUUAUAUUGAUGGAUUAGGUAAUUAUGAUGUUAACGUGUUGCAAGCAGCUUUAGAAGAACAUGGUUUAGAAACUCAAUGGUUUGAUUCUAGAAAAGUUUGGAAUUUAGAUUCAAAAUUAUCAAAACCUCAUAAAUUUUUAAAUUCAGAAGAGAUUUCUUGA